UGAAGAUGGGGCUGGUAACAGGAAGUGGACGUCACUGACACGGGAAUGGGACUGAAGGAAGAAAACACGAUGAAGGGAAUAUCAAACCCGUUCACGUAGAGAGCAAAACUAAUUCAAGCUUCAACUCAGAGGGAAGCAAACAAACAAAAGGAUGAAUUGUUGUGUCCGAGCUGGAACUGAGGCAUCAGGAAGGGUAACGGUGUGUUGCUAAAUGGAGUCGGAGCAGCUGUACCACAGAGGCUACUGCAGAAACAGCUACAACAGCAUUGCCAGCGCCAGCAGCGACGACGAGCUGCUGGAUGGAGCCGGCGUCAUCAUGGACUUCCACACCACCGAGGACGACAACCUGCUCGAUGGGGACGCUGCCUCCCCAGGGUGUAACUACGCCAUGUCUAACGGGGGCGGGGCCCCCAGCAGUUCCACCCACUUGUUGGACUUCCUGGAGGAGCCCAUUCCCGGCGUGGGCACCUACGACGACUUCCACACCAUCGACUGGGUCCGCGAGAAGUGCAAGGAUCGGGAGAGACACCGGAAGAUAAACAGCAAGAAAAAGGAGUCAGCAUGGGAGUUCACCAAAAGCCUGUACGAUGCUUGGUCCGGUUGGCUGGUUGUGACACUCACCGGAUUGGCAUCAGGCGCUUUGGCCGGCCUGAUUGACAUUGCUGCCGAUUGGAUGAAUGACCUGAAGGAGGGCGUGUGUCUGAGCGCCAUGUGGUUCAACCACGAGCAGUGCUGCUGGACGUCCAACGAGACAACCUUCGCUGAGAGGGACAAGUGUCCUCAGUGGAAGAGCUGGGCUGAGCUAAUACUGGGGCAGGCUGAGGGCCCCGGCUCAUACAUCAUGAACUACUUCAUGUACAUCUACUGGGCUCUGUCCUUCGCCUUCCUGGCUGUCUGUCUGGUCAAAGUGUUCGCUCCGUACGCCUGCGGCUCGGGGAUCCCUGAGAUCAAGACAAUCCUGAGUGGGUUUAUUAUCCGAGGCUACUUGGGCAAGUGGACACUGAUGAUAAAGACCAUCACUCUGGUUCUGGCUGUGGCGUCUGGCCUCAGUCUGGGGAAAGAAGGCCCCCUGGUCCACGUGGCCUGCUGCUGCGGUAACAUCUUCUCCUACCUCUUCCCAAAGUACAACAAAAACGAGGCCAAGAAGCGUGAGGUUCUGUCUGCUGCCUCAGCUGCUGGUGUGUCUGUUGCUUUUGGAGCACCAAUUGGAGGAGUCCUCUUCAGUCUGGAGGAGGUGAGCUACUACUUUCCUCUGAAGACUCUGUGGCGCUCCUUCUUUGCUGCCCUGGUGGCAGCCUUCGUGCUGCGCUCCAUUAACCCCUUCGGUAACAGCCGCCUGGUACUGUUCUACGUGGAGUACCAUACGCCGUGGUACCUCUUUGAGCUCAUCCCUUUUAUACUUCUGGGAGUGUUCGGGGGGCUCUGGGGGGCCUUCUUCAUUCGAGCCAACAUCGCCUGGUGCCGGCGGCGCAAGUUGACCCGCUUCGGCAAGUACCCAGUGUUGGAGGUGAUCCUGGUGGCAGCCAUCACAGCAGUGGUCGCAUUCCCAAAUCCUUACACUCGUCAGAACACCAGUGAGCUGAUAAAGGAGCUGUUCACUGACUGCGGUCCGCUGGAGUCCUCUCAGCUCUGCCAGUACCGCAGUCAGAUGAACGGCAGCACAGCUUACACCGACAACCCCAACCAGCCGGCAGAGCCCGGCGUCUACUCCGCCAUGUGGCAGCUCUGUCUGGCGCUCAUCUUUAAAAUCAUCAUGACUAUUUUCACAUUUGGACUGAAGGUACCGUCGGGUUUGUUCAUCCCCAGCAUGGCCAUCGGAGCAAUCGCAGGGCGAAUCGUUGGCAUCGCCAUGGAGCAGCUUGCCUAUUACCACCACGACUGGUUCUUGUUCAAAGAGUGGUGUGAGGUGGGGGCCGACUGCAUCACUCCCGGACUCUAUGCCAUGGUGGGGGCUGCAGCGUGUCUGGGUGGUGUCACUCGUAUGACCGUCUCCCUGGUCGUCAUCGUGUUCGAGCUGACCGGUGGUUUGGAAUACAUCGUCCCCCUAAUGGCUGCUGUCAUGACCAGCAAAUGGGUUGGCGAUGCCUUUGGCCGUGAAGGAAUCUAUGAGGCUCACAUUCGUCUGAACGGAUACCCCUUCCUGGACGCCAAAGAGGAGUUCACGCACACGACGUUGGCCAGAGACGUGAUGAGGCCUCGAAGCAGCGACCCGCCGCUGGCGGUGCUGACACAGGACGACCUGACAGUCGAGGAGCUGCAGGGCGUCAUCAAUGAAACCAGUUAUAAUGGUUUCCCCGUUAUAGUGUCCAAGGAGUCGCAGAGACUGGUGGGCUUUGCCCUGCGCAGGGACAUAACGAUUGCUAUAGAAAACGCUCGUCGCAAACAGGAGGGCAUCAUGUUGAACUCCAGGGUGUACUUCACUCAGCAUGCUCCCACCCUGCCGGCCGACAGCCCUCGACCCCUCAAGCUGCGCUCCAUCCUCGACAUGAGCCCCUUUACCGUCACAGACCACACCCCCAUGGAGAUUGUGGUGGACAUUUUCAGAAAGCUGGGGCUGCGCCAGUGUCUGGUCACGCACAACGGGAUUGUGUUGGGCAUCAUCACAAAGAAGAAUAUUUUAGAGCAUCUGGAGGAGCUCAAGCAGCACACGGAGCCCCUGGCGCCUGCUUGGUAUUAUCACAAAAAAAGAUAUCCUUCGUCACAUGGCUCAAAUGGCAAACCUAGAUCCAGAGUCCAUCAUGUUCAACUGAUCCGCUCCUUCCAGGACAGCAGGGGGGAGGAAGGAGACAACAGCGAGGACGAGGAGGUGUGCCUCCUGAACGGCUCCACUCUAUGACAUACGGACCUGUUUUAGUUUUAGUUUAGAGUUUUGUGGACCCUGAGCCUCUGACUGACUGAGGCCUGCAGACACUUAUCGGCCACGAGAAGAAAAUAGACGAUAACAGACUUUUAAUAUCGUCUGCUGCUGAGGUCACACAAAGGUCAAGUGUUGAAGGCACACGCACACUUUAGCACUUGCAGACACGUCAGACAUGCAUGUUGUCCCUUCACACACCCGUUUGACUCCCUGACCUGUAAAGCUACACCCAUUUACACUUUUUGUGUGCCUCAACAAGCGGGGCUCAAAGGUCAGAAUGAACCGCUAACAUCGAGGGACGCGAUGAAGGACCUGAACACCUCCAGGCUCCUCCUCCUCCUCUCACACACGCACACACACCUCUGACCCGUCCGUCCUCUGGAGAACCAUGAUGUCUACCUGUGAAUUGUGUGUGUGGGAAUGAGUGAGUGUGUGUUGUGCUCUGACAUUCCAGCCAGGUUACCAUGGGAACGGAGAAGACCAUCACCUGGUCGUGACGGGACACGGCGUCUUUCCUGGGUCUAAAUGAGACGUGCGAGUGCACUGAAGUAGAGUUGGUACUAUAUUUCAAGAAGUUUAUCUUCUAAUGAUAAUGUGUGUGUGUGUGUGUGUGUGUGUGGUCCAUUCAACGUGUAAGCAGGUUGUACAUAAAGUAAAGUUUGUAAAAACCGUAUCCAGGUUCAGUUCUGUCUUCAAACCCGUUCUUCUCAUGAUCACCUUUGAUAAUCAGCCACAUCCUGAAUCCAGCUGCAUGAGAUUAAGAAAACCCGUGAUUGUGUUAUUGUUGAACGUUGUCAUAAUAUCAGUUGCAGUAAACCUAAAUUUACUUUUCUCCUCCUCCCCCCACUUCAAGAAGGUCCCAACACUAUCCGGUUGUUUUAUUGUUGCCUAAAGGAGGUGCAGUGAUAAAGGAGAGUGAGAGUCCGUCCACCUCUCCAGAUGUUUUGGUCACAUCCAUGUGUCAAAGUGACGUUCUGUUUAACUGGUCGACAACGGGACACAAGAUCAAACGUGAGAGUAAACCACCAAAGUUCAUGCUCAUUUAUCCAAGUAUAAAUCCAACAAUGUUCAGUCAGGUCAUCU